AUGCUCUCUCCAGCUCUCUAUAACCUGCACUCUCUGAGCAGUACGCUCUCUCCAGCUCUCUAUAACCUGCACUCCCUCAGCAGUAUGCUCUCUCCAGCUCUCUAUAACCUGCACUCCCUGAGCAGUACGCUCUCUCUGGCUCUCUAUAACCUGCACUCCCUGAGCAGUACGCUCUCUCCAGCUCUCUAUAACCUGCACUCCCUGAGCAGUACGCUCUCUCCAGCUCUCUAUAACCUGCACUCCCUGAGUAGUACACUCUCUCCAGCUCUCUAUAACCUGCACUCCCUGAGCAGUACGCUCUCUCCAGCUCUCUAUAACCUGCACUCCCUGAGCAGUACGCUCUCUCCAGCUCUCUAUAACCCGCACUCCCUCAGCAGAAUGCUCUCUCCAGCUCUCUAUAACCUGCACUCUCUGAGCAGUACGCUCUCUCCAGCUCUCUAUAACCUGCACUCCCUCAGCAGUAUGCUCUCUCCAGCUCUCUAUAACCUGCACUCCCUGAGCAGUACGCUCUCUCUGGCUCUCUAUAACCUGCACUCCCUGAGCAGUACGCUCUCUCCAGCUCUCUAUAACCUGCACUCCCUGAGCAGUACGCUCUCUCCAGCUCUCUAUAACCUGCACUCCCUGAGUAGUACACUCUCUCCAGCUCUCUAUAACCUGCACUCCCUGAGCAGUACGCUCUCUCCAGCUCUCUAUAACCUGCACUCCCUGAGCAGUACGCUCUCUCCAGCUCUCUAUAACCCGCACUCCCUCAGCAGAAUGCUCUCUCCAGCUCUCUAUAACCUGCACUCUCUGAGCAGUACGCUCUCUCCAGCUCUCUAUAACCUGCACUCCCUCAGCAGUAUGCUCUCUCCAGCUCUCUAUAACCUGCACUCCCUGAGCAGUACGCUCUCUCUGGCUCUCUAUAACCUGCACUCCCUGAGCAGUACGCUCUCUCCAGCUCUCUAUAACCUGCACUCCCUGAGCAGUACGCUCUCUCCAGCUCUCUAUAACCUGCACUCCCUGAGCAGUACACUCUCUCCAGCUCUCUAUAACCUCGUACCUCUGAGUGUGCACGCCUCCAGCUCUCUAUAA